AUGGCUCACCACCUGCUCUCCCGUGCCGCUAUAUGGACUUUGCAGUCCUCGACGCCUGAACUUCCGGCAGAUUCGGCCAUCCUACCCGACGAUGGUACCAUCGGUAUGGAAUCGGUGUUUGGCAAGGACAAGCGUCGCCUCGUCGAACCCCAAGACUUUGCUGAUGGCGGCAAGUUUCGCUCAAUCGUCAAGAUUCAAGCUCGAUUCAAUAGUGGCAAUGAUCAAACCAUCUGGAUGAUGGGCACAGGUUGGCUGGUCAGCCCAGACACCGUCGUAACCGCAGGACACGUUGUUUACGACUGGAGGAAUCGCUGGCAGGCAGCUAUCGAGGUCAAAUGCUUCAUCGGCUACUCUGGCCUUUCUUCUGUUGGCACAUCGAAAGUACAAGGCAGGUUUGGAGAACACGUGGUGACCACAGCGCACUGGGUCAAUGGCAACAACAAACGCGCACAUGAUGUCGCCUUCUUGAAGUUGAACCGCCCCUUUACAGGAAAUCUUAGAACAAUCCCUUUCCAAAACACCCCUACUAACGGCAUCGGAUUACGGCUCGGUGUCGUCGGUUAUCCUGGCGAUAAGCAUUCUCAACAUCCCAGCGGAGAUGAUGACGAGGAGGGUGCGCAGAUGUACGAAGAAUUCACUCGCGUCAACUACAGCAUCCAAGACAGUCAGUCUGGAGCACCAAUCCUUCAAGCUACCAAUGAUGGAGGAUUCGUUUCUAUUGGGACUCAUUGCUAUGGCGGCGGCCAUGCCCAGAAGAACUCAGGUACUUCGAUCGGUGGCGAUUAUGGUAUCAACUACGUUGCUUUCAUCUCCCUCUUUGACAGCGGCCACUUUCCAUAUCCACACCGAUUUGGCAUCAAGUUCGUCAACGUCAAUCCUGCUGCACGGACUCGCAAAUUGCAAGUCCACAGUGUCAGGCGCGGCGCUAUUGACGCCAUCCAUAAUUGCCAUGGAAUCGGCUUUGGUACUAGUGACGGUGCUAAGAAGAACGGCAGAAACGUCAGCGAGCCCAACGUUGAUAAGAGCCGGAUCAAGCUCCACAUCCGCGAAAACGAGUACGAUCAACAUUUCAAUCAUUGCAAUAGCGGCGUAGCGGGAUACAAAGAUGACCACAGAGAAGACACGUGCACCAUGGACGACGCAAAUUGCCACAACGGCGGAUGCAAUGACCAGGGUUAUGGCGAAAGUCACGGAAGAAACGAUGAUCAUAGCCUUGGCAUUAAUUACGGCGGCAACUUCAAUGCCUACCAUGGUAACUCUGGCAGUAAUUACGGCGGCAACUUCAUUGCCUACCACAGCAACCCUGGCAGUAACUAUAGAGACAACCUCAAUAACUACAACGGCAUGGACCAUAAUUCUCUAUCCAGUGGAUUGGAAACCAACGGACCGCUGCAACGUGACGGCGAAGGAGUUUGUGAUGUUCUGAGGCUUUUCUCUGAUUCUGCUGAAAGACCGCUUUGGGACGGCCCUCCUUUGCUUGGUCCGCUGGGCGGCGUUGUGGGAAUUGUUGCUGGCAGCAUUCUUUCAGCCGUUGGGGGAGUCGAAUUCUGCAGCAUGGUCGACGGCCCGUUCCAGGCUGUUGAGAGCGCUAUCAAUGCGGGCGCCAUCGAACGUGCGGUUCUAGCGGAGGCAGCGCUUCAAGCUCUGUUGAAACUCGAAUAUUCUACCGAAGUCGCUGAUAUAUUUGAUAUUAUCGACAUCAAGUAUCGAGCGUUGAGUCCGCAGCUGAGCUCUCUUGCCAAGACGAUGAUGGAGCUUUCCAAGUCAAAACUUGACUCGCUCAAGGUUCUUGUGCAGGAGAACAACGAACGGGAUAUGGAUGUCUUGGACGUCAUUCAGUACAGUAUUCACAGAAUUGCUCCACCUACGAUGCAAUUCGCCAAAAAGACCGUUCGGACAGUGGUUUCUGUCGUAUUCAAUGCGGCUUGGAAAGAUCAAAACGCUCUGAGGUUGAAAAAGGCUAGAAGUUGCCUGGAAAACAGCCUCAAUCAUCCGAAUACGAAUGAUCAGUCCGCUGAUGAUGGAGACCCCUUCGGCAGCAGCCGCCUCAGCUUUAUUAAGCAGCAAGUCCUUAGUGACCAGAGCAUCACUGGCAACAAGCCCACCCGCAGAAGGCAGUCUAUGAGCAGUAGCCGGCCAACUCGCAGCAAUCAGUCUACCACCAAUGACCAGAUCCACACUAGCACACAGCCGACCAACCACAGCCAGCCAGUCGGCACCAACCAGCUCUUUCGAAGAAAACGAUCUAUGAGUAGUAGCCAGCCAACUCGUAACAGCUGGUCUACUACCAAUAACCAGCUCCUGCCCAGCACUCCACCCUCAACCAGCGUUCAGCCCGACGCCAGCAUUCCCACCGCCACCAGUGUUCAGCCUGCCACCAGUAUAGAGCAAUCACCCAUGGAAGAAAGGGAUAUGCUUGCUGAUUUCGGCACUUCCGCUCGCGUGAACACACUCCGUCCAAAGAAAUCUAUUGGUGAGAUUCUCUCAUCGUCUCCCAAGGGUCAUGCUGCUGCGAAGGUGAGCACCAACAUCAUCAACUGUUGUGACAUCGACCCUGAUGCUCCUGGCUCUGCCCUUGGAGAUGUUGAAGACCGGAAGAAGUCGGGCGAGAGCGAAAGAAUUCGCCAACGAAAGUCCUUUGACUCUAACGUCGACUUCAGCUUUGAUCUGGCUUCAAUGGAGGAUGAAUCAUUUUGA